GUUUCUUGCCCUCCGACAGAUCCACCUCGAUGAGGGCUUGGACCGCUAGAGCUCAAGAGAUGCAUUUGAAUUAUCCUUCGGGAGUAAUAUCGGACAUUGCUCCAGCCACGUCACACGUGUUAAUAUUUCCAUAAUCCACCACUAAUUGCAAUAUGUUGACCUUGCGCUGACAAAGUCUCUAUUCGCUUGAACUCAGCCUAGGCGAAUAUUCCAUAAUUCUAUUCUACAAUAUACCUCUAUCCAUUGCGUUUAAUGUUCUCUAGAUACUCAUCGGGUGGUUUUAUUCGCAUCAGACACAAUCGGUAUUCAUCAUGUCUUCCAAACCAGGGCUCCUCUAUGUAACCAUGCAACCUAGCCCCUCUCUUCCCAUCGAGCGCUUCCACGACUGGUACAACAACGAACACGGUCCGCUCCGUCUGCGCCUCCCAUUUUUCCGCAACGGAUUGCGGUACCGCGCGUCGGAUCUGAGUUCCGACCAGCUGGCAUCGGCAAAGCGCCCGGAAUGGCUGGCGAUCUACGAUGUGACAGAUACGGAGGAGCUGGGGAAGCCGGUGUAUACACGGCUGCGAGACGCGGACGUGAAGACGUCGAGGGAGAAGGAGACGAUGAAGCAGAUCAAAGUCGACAGGGAGAUCUUAGACUUAGCCGGCGAAUGGAAGAGUGAGAGCUUCGAAGAGGUGGAGACGCUCCGUGGCGAUGUAGAGACGGAGGGCAACGUUCUCAUGGUCGUGAGCGUGAAACUCCAGCUUAGCAAAGCGGCCGAGGAACAGGUAUUGAACUGGUUCCCCUCAGAACAUAUUCCGCUCGUCUCCAAGUCUCCCGGCUGGCGCCGCACCCGUCACUUCGUCACUUCGAGUCUCGACGAUCAGCACGUACGAACAUUCCUUACACUCCAUGAAUGGGCGCCAUCUAAUAGCAUUGGCGGGUCGGAGUUUCGGCAAGCCUCGACCAUUGAAUGGGUGCAACGGCUCAACAAGGAGACGGCCGCAGAUAUCAGUAUCCGGACGUAUAACCUGCAUCUCAUCUUCGGAUCCGCACCGAGACACCUUGGUGACAUCGCCGAAUGGUCCUACAGCAACGACAUGACCCGCACAUUCCCCCCCACCGACCCAACUAGCCCCUUCGGCAGCGCCAUCGAAUCCUACAUCACCACCCCCGACGGCGCCGCCCUUCCCUUCCGCCUCGAAGGCUCCCCCUCCCCAUCCGCCCCCCUCAUCGUCUGCAUCAACUCCAUCCUCACCACCUAUCCCAUCUGGGACUCCUUCGUCUCCUCCUUCUUCGCCCACCCGCCCAACCGCCGCUACCGCAUCCUCCGUUACAACCCCCGCGGCCGCUCCCAACACACCGGCACCGCUCCCGUUUCCAUCGACCUCCUCGCCGCCGAUGCCAUCACCCUCCUCGACGCCCUGCGCGUGCCCAAGGCCGCGUGCGUCAUCGGCGUGUCGCUGGGCGGGAUCACGGCGCUGAACACGGCGCUGAAGCACGCGGGGCGGGUGGAGGCGUUCGUGUCGUGCGAUACGAAUGCGCGGGCGCCGCCGAGCAAUGCGGCGGCGUGGGACGAGCGGAUCGCGGUCGCGGAGAAGGAGGGGUUGACGGCGGAUGGGAAGGCGGUGGUGGGAGAGCGGCUGGCGGAGAUGACGGUGCGGCGGUGGUUUGUGGGGGAGAGUUACGAUGGGGGGGCGAUGGAGCGGGAGGCGGAGCGGGUGAAGGAGAUGGUACGGACGAAUAGUUUGGAGGGGUUCCGGAGGGGGGUGAGGGCGUUGUAUGCGUAUGAUGUUGGGGGUGAGAUGGCAGAGGGGAAGGUGAGGGGGUUGUUUGUGGUGGGGAAGGGGGAUGGGGUGUUACCGGAUACGAUGAAGAAGAUGGCGGACGCGUAUCGGUGGAGAGGGGCGGAUGGGAAAGAGGGAGGGGUGGAGUUGAAGGUGGUGGAUGGGGCGGGACAUUUGCCGAUGGUGGAACAGGGCGGUGCGGUGGCCAAACUGGUACAGGAGUUCUUGGCUGAAGUACCGGUAUAGAUAAUAGCACCUGGAAUAAAAUAGGCCAGUGGUGCAUAAAGGCAACCUUUCUGCCCCAAAUCAUAACGAACGUAGCUAGCACGUGAUCUCUGCCUUCCUAGAAUAUAGAAUCACACCCUGUAGGAUAUUUAAUCAAGUAUUCUUAAUCAUCAUGGGAGGAAUAGUUAAUCGCUCAAAAACAGCAUCUUCGCGAUCAGUGCAUACUUCCUAAUUAGGAAUUCAAACGAUACC